CAGGGGGCGGGGCUCGUGUGGUGGCGUCACGGGGCGGGGCCUCGGGUGGCGGGAAGAGGAGGCGCGAGAAUGGAGGUGGAGGCCGUCUGUGGUGGCGCGGGCGAGCUGGAGGCCCAGGACCCUGCCCCUUCUUCCAGCAAGGCUCCCGGCAGCGCCGGCCACUACGAGUUGCCGUGGGUUGAAAAAUAUAGGCCAGUAAAGCUGAAUGAAAUUGUCGGGAAUGAAGACACUGUGAGCAGGCUAGAGGUCUUUGCAAGGGAAGGGAAUGUGCCCAACAUCAUCAUUGCGGGCCCGCCAGGAACCGGCAAGACCACGAGCAUUCUGUGCUUGGCCCGGGCCCUGCUGGGCCCGGCACUCAAAGAUGCCGUGUUGGAACUCAAUGCUUCAAACGACAGGGGCAUUGACGUUGUGAGGAAUAAAAUUAAAAUGUUCGCUCAACAAAAAGUCACUCUUCCUAAAGGCCGACAUAAGAUCAUCAUUCUGGAUGAAGCAGACAGCAUGACCGACGGAGCCCAGCAAGCCUUGAGGAGAACCAUGGAAAUCUACUCUAAAACCACUCGCUUCGCCCUUGCUUGUAACGCUUCGGAUAAGAUCAUCGAGCCCAUUCAGUCCCGCUGCGCAGUCCUCCGCUACACAAAGCUGACCGACGCCCAGAUCCUCGCCAGGCUGAUGAAUGUUAUCGAGAAGGAGAGGGUACCCUACACUGAUGACGGCCUGGAAGCCAUCAUCUUCACGGCCCAGGGAGACAUGAGGCAGGCGCUGAACAACCUGCAGUCCACCUUCUCAGGAUUUGGCUUCAUUAACAGUGAGAACGUGUUCAAGGUCUGUGACGAGCCCCACCCACUGCUGGUGAAAGAGAUGAUCCAGCACUGUGUGAAUGCCAACAUCGACGAAGCCUACAAGAUUCUUGCUCAUCUGUGGCAUCUGGGUUACUCACCAGAAGAUAUCAUUGGCAACAUCUUUCGAGUGUGUAAAACUUUCCAAAUGGCAGAAUACCUGAAACUGGAGUUUAUCAAGGCCUGCCACCUAGAAGGCGCUCAGUGUUUCCCAGCUGCAGCGGGAGGGACGGUGUGUCGUAGUCCCUUUGAGUUACUAUAAAGGAAUACCAGAGACGGGGUCAUGUAGAAAGAAAAGAGGUUGAUUUGGCUCACAGUUCUGCAGGCUGUACAUGUAGCGUGAUGCCAGCAUCUGCCUCUAGGGAGGGGUUCAGGCUGCUUCCGCUCAUGUUGGAAGGGGAAGGGAGAGCCUGUGUGUGCAGAGAUAGGCUGUCGAGAGAACGGAGGGAGGUGCCAGGCCCAUUUGAACAGCCAGCUCUCCAGGGACCUAAUUGAUCCAGAACUCACUACCUUGGGGCAGGCACCAAGCCAUUCACGUGGGAUCGUCCUCGUGACCCGAACAUCCCCACAUUGGGGACCAAAUUCCAAAUGAGAUUGGGAGGGGCAGACGUCCAAACUAAAUCAACGUGGCUGAUUGUCCUGAGGACCAAGUUUGUUUCACACAGUCCUGAUUUUCUUCAUUCAAGGCUCUCUUGUCUAUUGAUUGAUUGAUUGAUUUUUAAGGUCAGAUUAAUUGAGGUUUAAUUUACAUAGAAUAAAAUUCAGCCUAUUAGGUACAGGACACACGCAGUCAGUCACGCAAAAACCAUCACCAUUAGGAUGCAGAAUCUGUCAUCCCAGAACAACUCACGUGUCCCUUUGAAGCCAGCCCCCUCCCUGACUACCACUUGGAGGCUACUGAUACAGUUUCUGUUUGGGGGAUACAGUUUUCCAGAAUAUCAUAAAUGGAAUCAUGUAGAACUUAGCCUUGUGAGUCUGGCUUCUUUCUUUCACUGUAGCAGAAAUGCCUUUCAGAUGCGUCCACGUUGGUACUUCCAUCCAUGCGUCAGUCCGUUGUAUCACUGAGAAGUAAUCCAUCGUGUACACGUACCACAGUUUGCUCAUCUGUUCAUCAGCUGGAGGACAUUUGGGUUUACAGAUUGUGGUGACUGAAUAAAGCCAGUGUAAACAUUUGCAUAUAUGGAUUAGUGUGAAUGCAAAUGUUAAGUUUUUCUUUUUCCCAAGUAAGUUCCCAGAAUUGCCUGGGAAAAUGAUAAGUGUAUGUUUUACUCCAUAAGGAACUGCUGAAUGGUUUUCCAAAGUGACUGCAGUACGUGCAUUCCCAGCAGCAUUCCGGAGCAUGCUUAACCUAUUCGCCACGCGGAGUGCUCAGUUUGGUUUUUAAACCAUUCUGAUAGGUGUGUAAUGACCGGUUGCAGUGGCUCACGCCUGUAAUCCCAGCUACUCAUGAGGCUGAGGGAGGAGGGUCGCUGGAAUCCAGGAGGUGGAGGUUGCAGG